AUAAAAUUCUCUACAACCGCCUCAGGGGCUCAGACUCAUCUUCCUUCCAUCUUCUAUAAACCCUCACUUCGACACCCUCCCCACCCCCUCUCCCCCUCCCCAACACAACACCACACCAUUUAAUUAAAGUUCGCAUGCACUAGUCUCACUCUCGAUCGUCUCGCUCCUCAUGGCGGACAACGAGAGUCUUCUCUUCGCCAACCUCGCAGACGCUCUCUUCUCCGGCUCCAAGCCCCUCUCCCCUACCGAUCUUCUCCACAAGCUUCGGUCCGAGGACUCGAUCAGACCGGCGCUCGAGAAGUUCUACUUGCUCCUUAAAUGCGGCGUCGAGGCAGGAACCGACGCCCGGUUGCGGCUCCAAUCUUGGAACCAGUCGCAGAUUCAAGCUCUUUGCGCGAUUGCGUCUGCGAUCGCCUCCGCUUCUCGAUCUCUGUCACUGGAGCAAGCGGAAGGAUUAAUCAUUGCCGUGGUGCAACAGUCGCUGGAGUUUGCUGUAUCUUGUUUGGAAAAAUCAGAAUUCAAUGGCGAUGAUUUAAGUAUUCAGUAUAACUUGGUACAGCUUUUGGAGAUUGUGUUGGUAGAUGGAAUGGAUAAAGAAUCUGACACAUUGCUGCAUUGUUCAGUAAAUAGCCUGGCAGACUUGUUGCCGAUGGUUAGCGGUAAUUGUGGUGGCAUUGAUAUGCAUAAUCAUAAUAAAUGCAGUCUUCAAGGUAUUAGUUGUUCACUAGAAGAGAAACUGGUUGAUCGGCUACAUAUGACACUAGCUUCUGAGUGCAUACAACCUGAUAGGAAGACCUCUGGAUUCAUUGCACAUGCUUCCCAUCAAGAUUUGAACAAGCUGAUAUUUCUGUCUCAGCAUUUUGCUGUUGCUCAUGUGGGAUGCAUAUUGCGUCUGAUUUUACUCUGCAAAGAACUAAUUGCAAUCCCAGAUAUAUCUGAUGAGAAGAUGGUGGGUACAGAUUUUAGCAAGAGACUCUCAUUCUGUUCGAGAAUUUUGGCAUUACUUGGAAAUCUUGCGAAGGAAAUUCCUUAUGUUGAAUAUGAUGCUCAAUUGGUGCGUGCUGUUGCUUCUUUUGCUGAUGUAUUGCCGAGUUUGUUUAGACCUGCAUUUGAAUUUGUAAGUAGCCAUGCUGCUGUUGAGGGUAGUUUUGAGAGCUUGAUUCUAUCGCUGUUGGAGGAGUUUCUUCAGCUUGUUCAGGUUAUUUUCUGCAACAGCAGUGUUUUGCAGAAUAUUCAAACAUGUAUUGUCGCUUCUGUUUUGGACAAUUUGGACUCUUCUGUAUGGAGAUACAACAAUUCCAUGGCUAACCCAAAGCCUCCACUAGCUUUUUUCCCUCGCAGUGUUCUUUACACAUUGAAACUCAUUCAUGAUAUUGAGAAGCAAACACAUCAGGCUCUCAAUUGGGAGGAGUUUGAAAAAGGAAUUAGUGGCGGUUCUGCUGAUUUGCUGAUUGAUUCCCCUUCUUGUCAUAUUCAUUUUCAGAAGGUUCCUUUACUUAAGAGGUAUACAGUUGAAGAAUUAUUGAAACUGGUAUUCCCUCCAGCUAAUCAGUGGGUGGACAAUCUGAUGCAGCUUAUUUUUUUCCUUCAUUCUGAAGGAGUAAAAUUGAAGCCUAAAGUGGAGAGAUCGUCUUCCAAUUGUCCAAAAACUAGUUCCACCCCUGAACUUGAAAAUUCAGUUUGCAAUGAGGAUGAAGCCCUUUUUGGUGACCUUUUUUCUGAAAGUGCUCGUUCAGUGGGAUCUACAGAUGGAUAUGAUCAACCACCUGUUGCUAUCAAUUCUAGUUCCAGCCAUAGCAUCAUCGCAAUUCAAGCUGCUACAGAAAUGUUAAGCUUUCUUGAGGCGAGCAUAUUCUCUCCUGAACGGCAUCAAUCCAUGUAUGAGGAUGGCUGCAGACAGCUCAGCAGGAACCAUAUUGAUAUUUUGCUUUCCUUACUUAAUUGUCAGGGCUGUUACCCUGAAGACAGGACUUCUGAUGGUGGUGGCAGUUCACGUGAAGAGAAGAAAAAGGGGAAUAUUCAUGAACUUUGCUUUGAACUGUUGCACAAACUUCUCACACGCCAUGCUUUGUCUGAUUCCCUUGAAGAGUACCUUGUUGAGAAAAUUCUGAAUGCUGAAAAUGAUACCUUUGUGUACAAUGAUCGGACUCUAAACUUGCUAGCUCACACUCUAUUCUGUCGGGUGGGUUUGGCUGGGAGCCUGUUCAGAACCCAAAUAUAUAGAGGAUUUGUGGCUUUUGUUGUUGAGAAGGCAAAUGCUGUUUGUUUAAAGUGUCUUAACUUCAAGGAGCUUCUUCAGACCCUUCCCUCUAUUUUUCAUAUUGAGAUUCUUCUGAUGGCAUUCUACUUAUCUUCUGAAGGAGAAAAGGCAACACUGGCGAACAUAAUAUUUUCUUCCUUAAGAGCAAUUGAUGUUCCAACUUCAGGUCUUAACAGCACACAGUUGUCAUGUUGGGCCUUGAUAGUUUCGAGGUUGAUUUUAGUGCUUCGUCAUAUGAUAUUUUAUCCGCGCACUUGCCCUCCAUCAUUGCUUCUGGAUUUGCGAUCCAAGUUGAGGGAAGCACCCCAUUCUGUAUCACAUCUACAUAAUAACAUCAACGGUCAUAUAUCAUCUUGGUCAUCAGUUACACUGAAUAAUUUGGUCAGUACAUGUGUUGAAGAGCCUCCCAUCAGUAGCUUGAUCAAUCAACUGAUUGAUAUUACAGCCCUUCCUACUUCACCAUAUUGGGAUCAUGAUGCCAUUGAUGGCUUAUGCUUGAGUUGGAAUGAUAUUUUUGUGACCUUCUCAAGGAUACUGGGCUUCUGGAGAGGAAAAAAGGCUGCAUCAAUUGAGGAUCUCAUUGUUGAAAGAUAUGUUUUUGUUCUUUGUUGGGAUUAUCCUAGUAUGAGCACUGCAGCAGGCAAUCUGAUUCAAUUGUUGGCUGGCCCUCAGGAUUUGGACUUAUCUGAUAUGGCGCAUUUUUUCUUCUUUACCCACUCUUUUUUAGGGCACCACGAUGCCUUUGGCCAGGACACUAAUGUCCCUGGAGUAGUUGUUGGGCUGCUGCAGAAAUUGUCUUCCAUGUACAUACCUGAAGAAAUUGAGGAACUAGGCUGGGAUUUCCUUAGAAAUGGUUCUUGGCUGUCACUGAUGCUCUCCUUACUUAAUGUUGGCAUAUGGAGAUACUGCAUGAAAAAUGCAAUUCCUGGACCAAGUCCUGUAUGGAUCGAAAACACUUCUAGGGACAAGGAGUAUAUAACUUCUGCUGAGGCCCUGAUUUGCUCCAUUGUUGAAGCUGGUCAAGUUGAAAUGCUGAUCACUCUACUGACUUCCAUGUUGGAAAGAUAUUUACAGGUCCAUCAGAAAGCUUUCCUAGGCACGGUUGAUAAUAGCCAGAACAACGGUGAUACUUUUUCACGUCUAUUGCUUCUCAAGCAUUCUGGAUUCGACAAGUGUGUCCAAGAUGAACUCCUUGAAAAGAGUCGCACUGAUGCUUGUCAGCUGGAGCCUGUUCUUGAUCUCUUAUUGAAGUUAGAUGCUACUGUUGAUAAAAGGGAUAUUAGAAUUUUAUCCAGGGCCUACUGGGAAUUUGUGUUGCAUGGUUUUCCCUUUAAUCUUCAAACUCCUAGUGGGGUCCUUCUUUCUUGCAUUCUUACCAUUCGAGGGAUCAUUUACAUUCUAGAUGGGCUGCUCAGAAUAAAAGAUGUAAGAGGAAAUAUCCACCUGGAGACUCAGUUACUUGGUCAGAUUCUUGAUACGGUAAUGACUGUCAAGUUUGAUAGGAUCUUUGGAAGCAUUCAUGCAAAGUGUGAAGCUAUUUAUCACAGCUUAAAUGUGGGGCUCGAAGGGUCAGAUGUUUCUAACUUAUUUCUACUGAAGCACAUUGAAGUUCUUUUAAGGGACAUCAAUGCCAGAGGAGUAGGCGAUACUGAUAUCUAUGAACUGGUAAUUACAAAGGCUAUUGAUACAAUUGAUAGCCUCAGGAAAGACCCCUCGAAGUCUGUCAUUUUCCAAUUUUAUCUUGGUGCGGAAGAUGUAUCCGAAUGGGUGAAGGAUCUUCAUGGGUUGCAACAUGGUGAUUUGUUGGUUUUGAUUGACUCACUAGAUGACUGUUGCUCCGAAUCAGUUAAUAUAAAGGCGCUCUCUUUCUUUAUUGAUCUCUUAUCAGGAGAGUUGUGUCCUGGUCUUAGACAAAACAUCCAAAAUAAGUUCCUCAGCAUGGAUUUACUUCGCCUGUCUAAAUGGUUGGAGAAAAGGCUUUUAGGUUGCAUCAUGGUGGAUUCGGGUGUGGUUAACUGUGCAAAAGGAAGUUCUGUCUCACUCAGAGAAUCAACCAUGAAUUUUAUUUUGUGCCUUGUAUCUUCUCCUUCUGUGUUGCAAUCAAGAGAACUGCAAAGUCAUAUUUUUGAAGCUGCGCUGGUUUCACUUGAUACUGCAUUUUUGCUAUUUGAUAUUCAAGCAGCCAAGUCUUACUUUCAUCUUGUUGUUCAACUUUCAAGAGGAGAGACGUCGAUGAAAUUGCUUUUAGAAAGGGCAGUAAUGCUGAUGGAGAAGCUGGCUGGUGAAGAACGUUUGCUUGCAGGGCUAAAGUUUCUGUUCGGCUUUCUUGGAACUGUCUUGACUGAUUGUGGGUCUGGUAAGAAUAUGCCAGAGAGAUAUACUAGAAAGUCUUUGUCUAGCAAUACCCUUGGGAUGGGAUCUGUGGCUUCUAGGCUGAUAGGAUCAGGGAAGAAUUCUGAGACCCUGGUUCUUUCUGCUAAUCAAGAAGGGGUGUCCUCAUCUCUUGAAUGUGAUGCAACAUCUGUUGAUGAAGAUGAGGAUGAUGGGACUUCUGAUGGUGAGGUGGCUAGCAUAGACAAGGAUGAGGAAGAGGAUAGUAACAGCGAAAGGGCCCUGGCAUCUAAAGUAUGCACUUUUACAUCCAGUGGCAGCAAUUUCAUGGAACAGCAUUGGUAUUUUUGCUAUACAUGUGAUCUGACUGUAUCAAAAGGUUGCUGCUCUGUCUGUGCAAAAGUUUGCCAUCGUGGUCAUCGUGUUGUUUAUUCUCGCUCAAGUAGGUUUUUCUGUGAUUGUGGAGCUGGUGGUGUUAGGGGUAGCAACUGUCAGUGCUUGAAGCCUCGCAAAUUCACUGGAAGUAGUGUUACUCCUGUUCGAGGUUCUAGUAAUUUUCAGUCCUUCUUACCCUUUACCGAGGAUGGAGAUCAGCUGCCAGAUAGUGAUUCAGAUUUUGAUGAAGAUGUUAAUACAGAUGUUGAUAAUUCCCUCGGGUUAUCUAUUCCAAGAGAGCUUCAGGAUAGGAUUCCACUGCUACUAGAGGAGCUUGACAUUGAGGGUCGGGUUCUUGACCUUUGCUCAUCGUCAUUGCCUUCUAUAAUUAGCAGAAGAGACUCUAACCUUUCAAAAGAUAAGAAAAUCAAUUUGGGCGAUGAGAAGGUACUUUCUUAUGGCAUCGAUAUCUUGCAGUUGAAAAAGGCAUAUAAAAGUGGAUCACUGGACCUAAAAAUAAAGGCUGACUAUUCAAAUGCUAAGGAGCUUAAAUCACAUUUAGUGAGUGGUUCUCUUGUCAAAUCCUUGCUCAGUGUCAGUAUUCGAGGUCGACUUGCUGUUGGAGAAGGUGACAAAGUUGCAAUCUUUGAUGUUGGGCAGUUAAUUGGACAAGCAACCAUUGCACCUGUAACAGCAGACAAGACAAUUGUUAAGCCCCUCUCUAAGAAUGCUGUUCGCUUUGAAAUUGUCCAUCUUGCUUUCAAUUCAGUCAUAGAGAACUAUCUUGCUGUAGCUGGUUAUGAAGAUUGCCAGGUCCUCACUUUGAACCCUCGUGGUGAAGUGACUGACCGUCUUGCCAUUGAGCUAGCUCUGCAAGGUGCAUAUAUCAGGCGGGUUGAUUGGGUUCCAGGUUCUCAGGUUCAGUUAAUGGUGGUAACCAACAGAUUUAUCAAAAUAUAUGAUCUGUCACAGGACAACAUCAGUCCCUUGCACUACUUCACAUUGCAUGAUGACAUUAUUGUGGAUGCGACCCUUUAUUUGGCUUCCCAUGGGAAGAUGUUUCUUAUUGUUCUUUCAGAAUGUGGCAGCUUAUUCAGGCUAGAGUUGUCAGUGGAAGGUAAUGUUGGGGCCACACCAUUGAAGGAACUUGUAUGUGUUCAGGAUAAAGAAAUUCAUGCAAAGGGUUCCUCUUUGUACUUUUCAUCAAUGUAUAAAUUACUUUUCAUAUCAUACCAAGAUGGGACAACAUUGAUUGGUCGGCUAAGUUCCAGUGCAACAUCUUUAACUGAGGUAUCUUCAGUGUAUGAGGAGCAAGAUGGUAAGUUGCGGCCUGCUGGACUUCAUCGUUGGAAAGAGUUGCUGGUUGGCAGUGGGUUAUUUGUUUGCUUCUCUAGUGUGAAAUCCAAUUCUGCACUUGCUAUGUCCAUGGGGCCUCAUGAAUUAAUUGCACAAAACCUGCGGCAUGCAGUGGGUUCAACCUCACCCAUAGUUGGGGUUACUGCUUACAAGCCUUUAUCCAAAGACAAAAUCCAUUGUCUUGUCCUACAUGACGAUGGAAGCCUUCAGAUAUACUCACACGUCCCUGCUGGAGUUGAUGCUGGUGCAAUUGUGACAUCAGAGAAGGUUAAAAAAUUGGGUUCUGGUAUCCUCAGCAAUAAAGCUUAUGCUGGUGAAAAUCCUGAAUUCCCACUUGAUUUUUUUGAGAAAACAGUGUGCAUUACAGCAGAUGUGAAAUUGGGCGGUGAUGCUGUCCGAAAUGGCGACUCUGAUGCAGCUAAGCAGAGCUUAUCAUCUGAGGAUGGCUAUCUAGAGAGCCCCAGCCCUGCAGGAUUUAAGAUAUCUGUCUUCAAUUCAAACCCUGAUAUAGUCAUGGUUGGUUUUCGUGUGCAUGUGGGUAAUACUUCAGCAAGCCAUAUUCCUUCUGAUAUUACUAUCUUCCAGAGGGUUGUUAAACUAGACGAGGGCAUGCGUUCUUGGUAUGAUAUACCAUUUACGGUUGCUGAAUCACUCCUUGCUGAUGAAGAAUUUACAAUCUCUGUUGGACCAACCUUCAGUGGCUCUGCUCUGCCUAGAAUAGACUCGCUGGAAGUAUAUGGUCGAGCUAAAGAUGAAUUUGGUUGGAAAGAGAAAAUGGAUGCAGUUUUGGAUAUGGAAGCUCGAGCGCUUGGUUCCAAUUCCUCAGUUGCAGCAUCUGGGAAAAAGCGCCGAUCAAUGCAGUCUGCUUCUAUUCAGGAGCAGGUCAUAUCAGAUGGUCUUAAGCUUCUAUCUAGAUUUUAUUCAUUGUGUAGUUCACAAGGAUGCUCAAAGGAUGAGGAAGUAAAACUGGAGCUGGGCAAACUCAAGUGCAGGCAGUUACUAGAAACAAUUUUUGAAAGUGACAGGGAACCCUUGUUGCAGGCUGCUGCUUGCCGUGUUUUGCAAGCUGUAUUCCCCAAAAAAGAGUUAUACUACCAAGUUAAGGACACCAUGCGUCUCCUUGGGGUGGUGAAAUCUGCCUCUGCACUUUCUUCAAGGCUUGGGAUUGGUGGUACUGCAGGAAAGUGGAUUAUUGAAGAAUUUACAGCCCAGAUGCGUGCAGUCUCCAAGAUUGCAUUGCAGCGUCGGUCUAAUUUGGCUACUUUUCUAGAGAUGAAUGGUUCUGAAGUCGUGGAUGGGCUUAUGCAAGUCCUUUGGGGAAUUUUGGAAUUUGAGCAGCCUGACACACAAACUAUGAACAAUGUUGUUAUAUCUUCUGUGGAACUCCUUUAUUGUUAUGCUGAAUGCCUCGCUUUACAUGGAAAGGAUACUGUACGCUCUGUUGCACCUGCUGUUGUUUUACUCAAGCAACUUUUGUUUUCCCCCAAUGAGGCAGUUCAGACUUCCAGCAGCUUGGCUAUAUCUUCGAGGUUGCUCCAGGUUCCAUUUCCGAAGCAAACCAUGUUAGCUACAGAUGAUGCUGUGGAAAAUACAGUAUCUGCUCCUGUGCCUUCUGACCCAACUGGUGUAAAUACACAAGUCAUGAUUGAAGAAGAUUCCAUCACUUCCUCUGUUCAAUACUGUUGUGAUGGUUGCUCCACUGUUCCUAUACUUAGGCGAAGGUGGCAUUGUACUAUCUGUCCUGAUUUUGAUCUUUGUGAGGCAUGUUAUGAAGUGUUGGAUGCAGAACGGCUCCCUCCACCACACACUAGAGAUCAUCCUAUGACAGCAAUUCCAAUUGAAAUUGAUUCAAUUGGAGGAGAUGGCAAUGAAUUUCACUUCACACCAGAUGAUGUAAGUGAUACAAACUUGUUGCCAGCUACUGCAGAAGCUACCAUGCAGACUUCUGCUCCAUCAAUCCAUGUCUUGGAGGAGCCCAAUGAAUCUGGAGAUUUUUCUGCUUCAGUGACUGACCCAGUUUCAAUUUCUGCUUCGAAACGGGCUGUAAAUUCUUUGCUUCUUUCUGAGCUUCUUGAACAGCUGAAAGGAUGGAUGGAGACAACCUCUGGGGUUCGGGCGAUCCCUGUGAUGCAACUCUUUUACAGACUAUCAUCUGCUGUUGGUGGACCUUUUAUAGACAGUUCGAAGCCCAAAAGCCUGGAUCUAGAGAAAUUAAUUAAAUGGUUUUUGGAUGAGAUCAAUCUCAACAGGCAAUUUAAUGCCAGAACCCGCUCUUCUUUUGGGGAAGUUGCAAUCCUUGUCUUCUUGUUCUUCACAUUGAUGCUCCGAAACUGGCACCAGCCUGGCAGUGAUGGUUCCAUUCCAAAAUCUGCUGGAACUGUAGAAAAACAUGACAAGAAUGUUAUCCAGAUUCCACCCUCUGCUUCAGCUGCUGCUCAAUCUUCCUUGGAUGAUCAGGACAAAGAUGAUUUUAUAACCCAGCUACUUCGAGCUUGUGAUUCUCUUAGGCAACAGGGCUUUAUCAAUUAUUUGAUGGAAAUACUGCAGCAGCUUGUGCAUGUUUUUAAGUCCCCUUCUGCUAAUUUUGAAACCGCUCAUGGUUUGGGCCCUGGUUCUGGAUGUGGGUCUUUGUUAACUGUGCGGAGAGAUCUUCCAGCAGGUAAUUUCUCUCCUUUCUUCUCAGAUUCAUAUGCCAAAGCCCAUCGGAUAGAUAUCUUUGUCGAUUACCACAGGCUACUUUUAGAGAAUGCUUUCCGGCUUGUAUACACCUUAGUGCGGCCAGAAAAACAGGAGAAAACUGGUGAGAAAGAGAAGGUUUACAAGACUUCAUACAGUAAGGAUUUGAAGCUGGAUGGAUUUCAGGAUGUUCUCUGCAGUUACAUUAACAAUCCUCAUACAACCUUUGUCAGAAGAUAUGCAAGGAGGCUCUUCCUGCAUCUGUGUGGAAGCAAAACUCACUAUUACAGUGUUAGAGACUCUUGGCAGUUCUCUAGUGAAGUGAAGAAACUUUUCAAACGCAUAAACAAAUCAGGUGGUUUUCAAAAUCCUGUCUCAUAUGAGAGAAGUGUUAAGAUUGUGAAGUGCCUUUCUACUAUGGCUGAAGUAGCUUCUGCACGGCCAAGGAACUGGCAGAAAUUCUGCUUGAGGCAUGGAGAUGUUUUACCCUUCCUGAUGAAUGGAGUAUUUUAUUUUGGAGAGGAGUCAGUUGUUCAGGCUUUAAAACUCUUGAGUUCGGCCUUUUAUAUGGGAAAGGAUAUUGGCCACUCUUCACAAAAAACUGAAGCAGGCGACACAGCUAUUAGCUCUAACAAAUCAGGUACUCAAUCUCUGGAUUCAAAGAAGAAAAAGAAAGGUGAUGAUGGAACCGAAUCUGGUUCAGAAAAGUCCUAUUUAGAUAUGGAGGCAAUGAUAGAUAUCUUCACCGACAAGGGUGGCGAUGUUUUGAGGCAAUUUAUAGAUUGUUUUCUGCUGGAGUGGAAUUCAAGCUCAGUGCGUGUGGAGGCCAAGUGUGUUCUUUAUGGUGCCUGGCAUCAUGGGAAGCAGUCAUUCAAGGAAACCUUGUUAACAACUCUCCUGCAGAAAUUCAAAUUCCUGCCUAUGUAUGGGCAGAAUAUUGUUGAAUACACAGAACUUGUCACGUGGUUACUGGGCAAAGUCCCUGAUAUUAGCUCAAAGCAACAAAGUUCUGAACUUGUGGAUCGAUGCUUGACCCCUGAUGUUAUUACAUGCAUCUUUGAUACACUUCAUUCACAAAACGAGCUAUUGGCUAAUCAUCCAAAUUCCCGCAUAUACAACACUUUAAGUGGUUUAGUGGAAUUUGAUGGGUACUAUCUUGAGAGUGAACCUUGUGUGGCUUGCAGUUCACCUGAGGUACCUUACAGUAGGAUGAAACUAGAAAGUCUGAAAUCUGAAACAAAGUUUACUGACAAUCGAAUCAUAGUGAAAUGCACAGGGAGUUACACCAUUCAGACUGUGACCAUGAAUGUUCAUGAUGCUCGAAAGUCUAAAUCAGUGAAAGUUUUGAACUUGUACUACAAUAAUCGGCCUGUGUCUGACUUGUCAGAACUGAAAAAUAAUCGAUCUCUGUGGAAACGUGCAAAGAGUUGUCAUCUUGCUUUCAAUCAGAAUGAGCUAAAGGUGGAGUUCCCCAUUCCAAUCACUGCUUGCAACUUCAUGAUUGAGCUGGAUUCUUUCUAUGAAAAUCUACAGGCCCUAUCCCUCGAACCAUUGCAAUGUCCACGGUGUAGUCGACCUGUCACUGACAAGCAUGGGAUAUGUGGCAAUUGCCAUGAGAAUGCAUAUCAAUGUAGGCAAUGUCGUAACAUCAAUUACGAGAAUCUGGAUUCUUUUUUAUGCAAUGAGUGUGGGUACAGCAAAUAUGGCCGAUUUGAGUUCAACUUUACAGCGAAACCCAGCUUUACAUUUGAUAACAUGGAGAAUGAUGAUGAUAUGAAGAGGGGUUUAGCAGCUAUAGAAUCUGAAUCAGAAAAUGCUCAUAGGAGGUAUCAGCAACUCUUGGGGUUCAAGAAGCCACUGCUUAAGAUUGUAUCAAGUAUUGGUGAGAAUGAUAUGGACUCACAGCAGAAAGACUCUGUGCAGCAAAUGAUGGUCUCUUUGCCCGGACCUUCAUUUAAGAUAAAUCGUAAAAUUGCUCUUCUUGGUGUCUUGUAUGGUGAAAAGUGUAAAGCUGCUUUUGAUUCUGUUAGUAAAAGUGUUCAGACACUGCAAGGGUUACGUCGGGUUUUGAUGAGUUAUCUGCACCAGAAACAUUCUGAUAAUGGAGUCGCUGCUUCAAGAUUUGUUGUAUCCAGGUCUCCAAAUAAUUGCUAUGGCUGUGCAGCUACAUUUGUGACUCAGUGCCUUGAAUUAUUGCAAGUGCUAUCAAAGCAGUCUAACUCUAAGAAGCAACUUGUUGCAUCUGGCAUCUUAUCUGAGUUAUUUGAAAAUAACAUUCAUCAAGGUCCCAAAACUGCUCGCGUCCAAGCUAGGGCAGUACUUUGUACUUUCUCUGAGGGUGAUAUAAAUGCGGUGACUGAGUUGAACGGCCUUAUACAGAAGAAAGUCAUGUACUGCCUUGAACACCAUCGCUCCAUGGACAUUGCUCUGGCUACACACGAAGAAUUGUUAUUGCUUUCAGAAGUGUGUUCUCUGGCUGAUGAGUUCUGGGAAUCAAGGUUACGCAUUGUUUUUCAACUGCUAUUUUCAUCCAUUAAAUUGGGUGCCAAACAUCCUGCCAUAUCUGAGCAUGUUAUUCUUCCUUGUCUGAGGAUUAUAUCUCAGGCAUGUACUCCUCCAAAACCUGAUACAGCAGACAAAGAGCAAGGCCUUGGAAAAUCUGCUCCUGCUUCGCAGACAAAGGAUGAAAGUAAUGCUAAUGUCUCUGGGUCUUCUAGUGGUGUUUUGAGUGGGAGCAAAUCUCAGGCAGAGUCAUUGGAGAAGAACUGGGAUGCUUCCCAUAAGACUCAGGAUAUUCAAUUAUUGAGCUAUUCUGAGUGGGAGAAGGGAGCAUCUUAUCUCGAUUUUGUUAGAAGGCAGUACAGGGUGUCUCAGGCAGUUAAAGGUGCAGGUCAAAGAUCUCGGCCCCAGAAACAUGAUUACCUAGCGCUUAAAUAUGUGCUAAGGUGGAAGCGGCGUGCUUGCAAGAUAGCUAAGAGUGACUUAUCGGCAUUUGAACUUGGGUCUUGGGUGACAGAACUUGUUCUGAGUGCUUGCUCGCAGUCAAUAAGGUCUGAAAUGUGCAUGCUGAUAAGUUUACUGUGUGCCCAGAGUGAAUCGAGACGAUUUCGGUUGUUGAACUUACUAGUGUCUCUGUUACCGGCAACACUAUCUGCUGGUGAAAGUGCAGCUGAAUAUUUUGAGUUGCUCUUCAAGAUGAUAGAAUCAGAAGAUUCUCGGCUCUUUUUGACCGUUCAGGGAUGUCUAAGUACAAUUUGUAAAUUAAUUACCCAAGAAGUGAGUAAUAUUGACUCUCUGGAAAGGAGCCUGCAUAUUGACAUUUCGCAGGGAUUUAUCCUGCACAAGCUUAUAGAGCUCCUUGGAAAAUUUUUAGAGGUUCCCAAUGUUAGAUCCAGAUUCAUGCAUGACAAUCUGCUCUCUGAAAUCCUUGAAGCUCUUAUUGUCAUCCGUGGCUUGAUAGUGCAAAAGACAAAGUUGAUUAGUGAUUGCAACAGGCUUCUAAAAGAUCUUCUAGAUAGCCUUCUGCUUGAGAGCAGCGAAAAUAAGCGACAGUUUAUCCGGGCCUGUAUCUGUGGUUUGCAAAUCCAUGGAGAGGAGCGUAAAGGACGAACUUCUCUGUUUAUCUUAGAGCAGCUCUGCAAUCUAAUCUGCCCAUCAAAACCAGAGCCCACCUAUCUGUUGGUUCUUAACAAGGCACACACUCAAGAAGAAUUCAUCAGAGGAUCAAUGACGAAGAAUCCUUAUUCCAGUUCAGAGAUUGGCCCAUUGAUGCGUGAUGUUAAGAAUAAAAUUUGCCACCAGUUGGAUCUGCUUGGUCUCCUCGAAGAUGAUUAUGGAAUGGAGUUACUAGUUGCUGGGAAUAUCAUCUCUCUUGAUUUGAGCAUUGCUCAAGUUUAUGAGCUAGUAUGGAGAAAGUCGAACCAAUCUUCAAGCACUUUGGCUAGUAAUAACCUGUUAUCCCCUAGUACUGUUACUUCAGCCAGGGAUUGUCCACCUAUGAAUGUGACGUACCGUCUUCAGGGAUUAGAUGGCGAAGCAACUGAGCCUAUGAUUAAAGAGCUGGAGGAAGAUAGAGAGGAGUCACAAGAUCCAGAGGUUGAGUUUGCCAUAGCAGGUGCAGUUUGCAAAUUUGGUGGGCUUGAAAUUAUUUUGGACAUGAUCAAGCGUUUGCGAGAUGAUUUUAAGUCCAACCAAGAGCAGUUGGUUGCAGUUCUUAAUCUCCUCAUGUAUUGUUGCAAAAUAAGAGAGAACAGACGUGCUGCGUUGAGACUAGGAGCUUUAGGUCUACUUCUUGAAACAGCAAGGCGAGCCUUCUCUGUGGAUGCCAUGGAGCCAGCUGAAGGCAUUCUGUUAAUUGUGGAAAGUCUGACGCUGGAAGCAAAUGAGAGUGACAACAUUAGCAUUACACAGAGUGCUUUUACUGUUACCAGUGAAGAAACUGGCACAGGCGAACAGGCCAAGAAAAUAGUUCUCAUGUUCCUGGAAAGGCUGUCACAUCCUUUGGGCCUUAAGAAAACAAAUAAACAGCAGAGGAACACUGAAAUGGUUGCACGAAUUCUGCCCUAUUUGACAUAUGGUGAACCUGCUGCAAUGGAUGCACUGAUCCAGCAUUUUAGCCCUUACUUGCAAGACUGGGGUGAAUUUGAUCGGUUGCAGAAACAACACCAAGACAAUCCUAAAGAUGAGAGCCUUGGUCAGCAAGCUACGAAGCAGAGGUUCACUCUGGAAAAUUUUGUUAGGGUUUCGGAGUCACUUAAGACUAGUUCUUGUGGAGAGAGACUAAAGGACAUUAUCCUAGAAAAGGGUAUUACUGGUGGUGCAGUCAGACAUCUGACCAAUAGUUUUGCAGUGGCAGGGCAGGCUGCCUUUAAAUCCAGUGCAGAAUGGGCAGUGGGUUUAAAACUGCCUUCUGUACCACUUAUACUGUCUAUGUUGAGGGGCUUGUCAAUGGGGCAUUCGGCCACCCAAAGGUGUAUAGAUGAGGGUGGAAUCUUACCACUGCUUCAUGCGUUGGAAGGAGUCUCUGGAGAAAAUGAAAUUGGGGCGAGGGCAGAAAAUUUGUUAGACACACUAUCUAAUAAGGAGGGGAAAGGAGAUGGGUUCUUGGAGGAGAAGGUGCGCAGGUUGCGUAAUGCAACGAGGGAUGAAAUGAGGCGUCGAGCUUUAAGGAAGAGAGAGGAGUUGCUUCAGGGGCUUGGAAUGCGACAAGAACUAGCUUCAGAUGGUGGUGAGCGAAUUGUUGUUGCUCGGCCAAUCCUUGAAGGUUUGGAAGAUGUGGAGGAGGAGGAAGAUGGGUUGGCAUGCAUGGUGUGCCGAGAGGGUUACAGUUUGAGGCCUGCUGACUUGCUGGGUGUUUACUCUUACAGCAAGCGGGUGAACCUAGGUGUUGGCCCUUCAGGAAGUGCACGUGGAGAGUAUGUUUAUACGACUGUGAGUUACUUCAAUAUCAUUCAUUUCCAAUGCCAUCAAGAGGCCAAAAGAGCAGAUGCUGCUCUGAAGAACCCAAAGAAAGAGUGGGAAGGUGCAACCCUCAGAAACAACGAAUCUCUUUGCAAUUCCUUAUUCCCCGUUAGAGGUCCUUCUGUUCCUCUACCACAGUAUAUUCGUUAUGUUGACCAGUUCUGGGACAAUCUCAAUGCUCUUGGACGUGCUGAUGGAAGCAAGCUCCGACUGUUGACGUACGACAUUGUUCUGAUGCUAGCUCGAUUUGCUACGGGGGCGUCAUUUAGUGCUGAAAGCAGAGGUGGUGGAAGGGAAAGCAACUCUAGAUUUCUUCCUUUCAUGAUCCAAAUGGCCCGUCACCUUCUUGAUCAGGGAAGCCCCUCUCAGUGUCGCACCAUUGCCAAGGCUGUCUCAGCAUAUUUAACCUCUUCCACGACAGAUUCCAGGCCCUCCACUCCAUCUGGAACACAGGCUUCUGUGGGGACUGAAGAAACUGUCCAAUUUAUGAUGGUGAAUUCACUUCUGUCAGAGUCGUAUGAAUCCUGGUUACAGCACCGAUGCGCCUUCUUGCAGCGUGGAAUUUAUCAUGCAUACAUGCAGCACACUCAUGGCCGGUCAGCAGCUCGUGGAUCAACAGCCAUUGUCAGAACAGAACCAGGAAACACUGGGGGAAGCCCUAGCACUGAAUCAGAGGGUGCCGAUGAUCUAUUAUCUAUUAUCCGAUCAAUGCUUGUCUAUACUGGUUUGAUUGAACAGCUGCAACAUUUCUUCAAAAUAAAAAAAUCAGCAAAUUUGUCGUCUGCCAGAGCAGAAGGAACAUCUGCAGUCUCAGAAGGGGAAGAUGAGAGUGGAAAGCUGGAAGACUGGGAGGUGAUGAUGAAAGAGAGAUUAUCUAACGUGAAGGAGAUGGCAGGGUUUUCUAAGGAGUUGCUCGCAUGGCUGGAUGACAUGAAUUCCGCCACUGAUCUGCAGGAGGCCUUUGACAUCAUCGGUGUUUUGCCCGAUGUUUUAUCUGGAGGGAUCACGCGGUGUGAGGACUUUGUCCAUGCUGCCAUUAAUGCGGGGAAAAGCUGAAACCCAGACUGAUUCGGGGGGGGGGGGG